ACCGUAAGUCAACAUUUGUCUGCCCGGCUUGAUAUCCCAGCUGGAAACCACCAUGCGAGUGUUUACCUCAGUUCACUGUCACUCUAGCGUAUCCCAGUUGCCACCCCACCUCUCCUCCUUUCUACCACCAUCUCAGGUGGAGAGAGGACAGGCCAACAUCAAGAUAACCCUUAUCUGGAAAGAAGUUGGUAUGGAUUGUGAACUAAUGGUGUCUCCAAUCUCGCAAAGUUUAAUCCGUGGAGAAGUGAACUUAAUCCGGUAUUUUGCCAGAAUGUAUCCUGGUAUAUUCUGCUACGAGAACUCUAGUUCUGCUGCCUCUAUAGAUAAUAUGCUGGAUAAUGUGACUAGUCUACUAUGGAGUUCUCCUAAGGAUCGGCAACCUAUUCUUAGACCACUAGCUGUCAAUCUAGGCAAAUCAUCUUAUCUGUCAGGGGAUGCUCUAGGAAUAGCAGAUCUGGCCCUAUUCUCGGCAAUAAAACAGCUCGGGCUUGAUAGGGAUCUUCAACCCGAGCUAAGAAAGUGGUUUACUCUCGUAUCUUCUCACUUGAUGGGUGGCAAGGGUAGAAGACGCAGUCGAGCUUCAAGCAUAAGAAAAAGUUUUCAAAAAAGAAGAAAUUCAGAAAGAAAGAAUUCGGAAAGGAAAGGAUCGGGAAAGGAAAACACCCCACAAAGAUCGAUAAAGAAAGAAAAAUCCCCAAAAAAGGAGAUAAAGGAACCUAAACAAAUUCUGAAAAGCUCCGGUAAGGAAAAAACUCCUCCUAAAAGUGUUACAAUGUCUCAUCUGAACAAAGUCGAGCUUUUCAACUAUUUUACGGAGAACGGGAUCGAUUUUGAAAACGUAGAGCAUCCGGAAGUUUUUACUGUUGAAACUAUGAUGCCAUACGUUAAGCACUUGUCCGGCGCCAUUUGUAAAAACCUGUUUUUGAAGGACAGACAUAAGAAUUUGUAUCUCCUCUCCGCUAAAUACGAUCGAGAGUUUACUUUAUCUGACAUAUCCAAGGCCAUCGGUGCAAAGGAUUUAAGAUUUGGCGACGAAAGCGUCAUGUUUGAGAAACUUGGGGUCAAGCAGGGCUGCGUAACUGCCUACGCAUUAGUCAAUGAUAAAGAGAGAUGCGUCAAGUUUUUGGUUGAUAAACAGCUGAUUGAUGGGUCACAUGAUUCAGUUAGUUUUCACCCCCUUGUCAACUCUGCCACCACGAGAAUAUCGUCAAAGGAUUUUAACAAGUUUCUUUAUCUCACCCACCAUACUGUGAUCCCGUUUUAAACUUGUUUUUGGUGGAUUUUACUUAAAUUUUUUGUUUCAGAAUGAUUUUGCGGGCUUUUUAAACAGAAGAAUCAGGUGGCGAGCGAUUGAACAUUUUUACAUAUGGAAAUAAAAUUUUUGUUAUUGUGUUUUUGGGGGUAACUAGGAGCUUGGGUAACUCGACCUUCAAAGCCCAUUAAAAAAAAAAUAAGAAAAUGCUGAUUAUAUUUUUUCAUUUUUGAUUAGUAAAUUUUUCGGGGUUUUAAAAUUCCCUUUUUUAUUUGCUCUUAGCAUUGAAAUAUGUUCGAUUACAUGGUAAACCCGAAUUUCAUUGCGGGUAAAAAUUGUUUUGUUUCGACUAAAUCAUGACCCUUGUCAAUUGUUAAGUUAUAUUUUUGUUCCCAAGUAUGAAGCGCAUUGUAAAUUCAUUUUUAUAUGUAUAAAUCUUUCACCUUUUUC